AUUUUCGGAAAGCAUUUCGUACGCGCUGAAUACGAGUAGAAAAUAAAGCUCGACUGUCAAUGGAAAAUAUGGCGCUAUCUCCUUUCCGCAAGCUGUUAUUGGUUGUUGCCACAAUCGGUUUGGCGCAGGCGCGUCAUGUGCCUGCCACAACGGUGGUAAAAUACGUUGUGACGUCAUCACUGCCCACCGUAGGGGUUGUACGCAAAGAAAGCAGCUACCAAAAUGACAAUAACUACAACAACAAAAGCAGCAUCAUUGAUAACAACAAUGUAAGUAGCAUCCUUGACGCUGCAAAGCACCACGCAAACGCUGAAUAUCCAAACCAAACGACGUUGAGCCUCGAGGACAACGGCAACGGCGACGCUUUCACUGUCAACAUCAGCACGCCGAAGAGUGUAGUUCAGGAUUGGAGUUCGGUGUGUCAGCAGCUCUGCGGAGCUGGCUUAGGCGGCCCGCCAUGUCUUGCAUACUGCCACAGCAGUGACAAGCCGUCGCUACUACCACACUUUGCAGACAACAAAAAUGAAAUAUGCAAGGAUCUCUGCAGAUUACAGCUUGGUGAUGUUAGUUGCGACUGUUCGCCCGAAGAAGUAGCUCCGAUUGCCUUUUCCAACAUGUCAUGCCAGUAUGAAUUACAUAAUAUGGUUUGUGGCAGUUUCUGUGAGCAUGGCGGUACAACGCUGAUCGGCUGUAGCAGCUGCCAAUUGGACGGCAAUCAAAUCGUGAUAUCGAAUAGAUUGUCGGAUGAGAGCACAACACCAGACUGGAAGGAACUGUGCGCCGCUCUAUGCAAAACCGGCGAUGGCGGGGCAUUGUGCAAUUGUGACUUGGCGCCGUUUUUUUAGAAGACUAGCAGAGCAGCGAAACACUAUGCCAAUCACAAGGUCCACACACACACAUAAACAAAUUGAAAACGAAAUGUGGACAGACACAAGUGACAAUUGAUUACUGAAGUUUACAGUUCAAGACAAUGUGUCCAGGUUGUGCGAAAUUUCUGGCUGGUUUAUACUACUCUGCGCGGUCUCUAAGUUUAAAAUUUAUUUUGACGACGACAACACCAACAACUUAUUGUUAUUGGUCAUUAGUUAUUGUUUAUGACACCUAACACACAUACAUAUAUAUUCGUACAGACGUUCAAUGAUUGUAAUUAAUUAUGCAACACACAUACAUAUGUAAGCACAAAUUUUUUAAACUUCAAAACUAAAUCUAAUUUGUAUGCUCCAAAUAACAAAGCUUUUUCACAAAACAUUUGACUUUUUAUUACACUGUUAUUUGUUUGUGUUGCUGUUUUUUUUUUUUUUUGUUUUUGUUGAAAUUUGUUGUUUGUUUGUUGUUUUUCUUAUAGCAGUUUAUGCGCUAAAGUUCGGCACACAAGAUGGUGGCAAGGCAUUGCAAGGUGAGGGAGAACUACGAAGCGUGCUAAGAAGAAAGAAAAAAUUACCAAAAAAAACUAAACAUCCAAACAAAAAAAUAAAAAAACUCAAUCCCUAUGCGAAUCAAUUAAUUUGUAAUUAAUUUGAAUUAUAGUUAAUGUAAACAAAAAUUCACAACUACAAAUACAAUUAUAGACAUAAAGCGAAACGAAACGAGAUGAAAAUGACAGUAUGUGACACUUGCAUGUACAGAGAUAUAUAUAUAUACAAACAUAUAUAGAUAUAUAGCUGUCAAGGUGAUGUAGGCCAAUAUAUACAUACAUAUAGACAUACAUAUAUGUAUAUGUAUACACUCAUCUGUAUACAUACAAACUAUCUACACAUAAUGUAUAAGCUCUAAUGCACUAAUACAUAGCUCAUAUUUACAUGCAUUUGUAAAGUAGUUAUGCACCGUUAUCUAUAGUAAUUUUAACGGUUUUCUGUUUCACAGUUAUUGUUGCACAAUUUUCUUAAGAAAAAACGUGAAUGCAAAAUAAGAACAACAAAAUCACCAAAGGGCUUCCAGGAUGCCAGCAUGGCGGCGUGUAGCUUGCUGCAAGCAGUGGCAGGCGCACAAAUGCCAGCUGGCAUACAAAUCUCAGAGUGUAGACUAAUUGUAGGUUAAAAGAAAACAAAAAAAAAUGUUAAAAAAACAAAAGCGUUACUAUGAAGCUUUGUGCAACAUUUCAAGGCAGAGGCAGGUUUUUGAAAAAAUAUUGUGUUAUACUGUUGGUUUAUUGAAGGUUUUUGCUUGAUUUUUUUGGUUUUUUAAAUAAAAAAGAACAAGUAUUUAAAUAUGUUUAUAUAAAUAUUAUUUGUAAAUAUUUUUUUAAAAAUAGAGUUUUCUCAAUUUUAGUUACAUACAAAUGUUAUAUAUUUUAAAACUAAAAAAAUUAUUAUUUAAAAAAAAUUAGGUAAUAGCGUUUUCCUAAUAUUAUUUAUAUGUUUAUAAUUUUACAUAUAUUGGAAAACGUGUUGAACUUCAAUAAGAAAAAUGUGAAGUAAAGAAAUAUUAAUUAAAAUUGCUAAAUCUAUUUUCAAUUUUUUUUGACAAAUUUUCAAAUAAAACAAAAAUUUCAAAACAUAUUUCAAAAAUUUAAUAUUAAAAAAAAGUAGUAAUAAAGUAAAAGAAAUAUGUGAAGCAGAGAAAUAAAUUAAAAUUUAUUAAUUUACUUUUGCAUAUUUUGAUGUAUUUUCAAAUUAAAAAAAGGUAUUCAAAAAAAGUUUUUAAAAUUUAAAUUUUUUAAAAAAUUUAAUUAAUAAAAUUGAAACUAUCUAAGAAAUAUUUUUUAUGUUUUAAAUUGUAAUUUGAAUUUAUAUUAUAUAAAUGGUAAACUUUAUGCAGAAUAUAUUUUAUUAAUUUUCAAUAUAAAUUUUAAUUUUUAAAAAUUAAUAUAGCUUUCAAUUUUUGAAUUUUGAAAUUUUAUUAAUUAAGAUUAAUUCAUAAAAUAUUUUAAUUAUAAUUGAGUAUUUUUGAAGCACGCGAAAAAUACUCAAAAAUUUUUACCAUUUUAUUAAUUUACAAAAAUUAAUUUUUAAAUUAAUUUUUUUUUCUAAAUAUUUAAUAUCUAUUAUUGGUUUUCUUUUUUAAUUAUUACAAAAUUUAUUAAUUCUUUAAUUUUAUGUUGUAAUUUAAUUUUAAAAUUUAUAUUGUUUGCAUUAAAAGUGAUGAUUUAAACACCUAAAUUCACUUAAUUUUUAAAUAAUAUUGUUAUAUUUUUUAAAGUACGUAAAAAGUUCAGUAAAUUUAGUACCUUGUAAGUAUAAAACAAUAUUUUAGUUAAUUUAUUUUUAUAUUUUAAAAAAUAUAUAUUUGUUUUAUAAAAUAUGUUUCUAUUUUUUAAUUAAAACUUGUAGUUUUUCUUUAUACUUUUGAAUAAACUGAUUGUAAUUUUAAUGUUUUAUUUUUUGAUUUUUCAAAUUAAUAAUUUUAUAUAUUAUAUUUUUCGCAUUUUUAGGCUUUUACUAAUUUUUAAAUAUUCUUGUUUUUUAUUGAAUAUUUAAGAAAAUAUAAAUUUUUAUAAAAAAUGCAAGUACAAGAAGUAGAAUUGCCAAAAUAGGUCUAUUAUUUUUAGCCAAAGGUAAGAAAUAAAUAAUAUAUAAAAUAAAUAUAUAAUCCUUUGGAAGACAAAUGCUAAAUAAGCAUACACUGUAUAGAAAAUAAUGAAUAUAUAAUAAUAGAAAAAAGUUGCAAGAAAAAAAUCGUUUUGGAAGACAUUUUUCAUAUGCAAGAAAUAUAAACUUUUUGAAAAAUCCAAAAAUUUUGGAUUAAAUUUUGGAAGAAACACUGUACACUUGACCCAAACGUAAAUUACAAUAACAAAAAAUAUAUACAUAUAAAUACUUAAUAAAAAUAAAUUAUAUAAAAUAUUUAAAUAAUGCUUAAGGGGGAUUACACAAAACAGAAAUUAGCUUAACGUAGCAGAAUUAUAAAAAAAAAUUAUAAGAUAUAUAAAUACAGUUAAUAUAAAUAAUAAUAAUGAAAUGAUUUAAGUUAAAAUAAUUAUUAUUUCAUUUUGAUGAAAGCUCAGGCAAAGAGGCACAGCUUUCACACAUAAAAACGAGAAGCGAGUGUUUUUUUGUUUGUCAUUUUGGCUGAAAUCUACGCUGUGACUGACAAUAACGGCAAAUUCUUAACGCAACCACACGCCAGUGACUAACUGCAGUCCGGUGCGGUUGGCGAGAAUUUCCACAACGACAUAGCGCAAAGUAAAUUAUGCAAUACUUAUAUUAGAACUAAUAAAAAAAGUGUUUUGGAAGACAAUAUCAAAGUUGACUUAUGCGAGUAAUACACAAAUAUAAAUAUUAGCGGCAUUAAUUGAAGCAUAUCGUAAAAUAAUGUAUAUGUAUGAAUGUAAGAAGUUUGUAAAAACAGAAAAUGUUAAGUAAAUCACACAAAAUAUAUUACACAAUUAAAAAUCAAAAAAUAAUAAUAAUUAAAUAAAAACAAACCGCAAAAGCUGCGGACAACAGAAACAGAAAAAGCAACAGAAGCAGAAUUAGCAACAGAAACACUAUAAAAUCCAAACAUGUAAAAUAUUAAACAGUCAUUUCACGUUUUUUGUUUAGUUCAAAGUGUUUGUCCAACACUACAUAUUUAUAAGGGAGCAAAUUUUCAGAGCACAGCCAAACCUAAGCGAGUAACCAAUUUUGAUGUCGACACCACUUUAAGCGUCAAAAAACAUUAUUAAUAAUAAAUAAUAUUAAAUAAUCCUCAGCACUUUUAAUGUUAAAAGAAAUGCAUAUUAUGCAUAUUAAGUGUCGUAUUCCAUUUUCUUAUUGUCUUUAAAUGCACCUAAAUAAUCAAAAAAUGCACGCACCCCCCUCACCCACAAGGCAGCAAUGCAAAUUAUUAACACACAUAUUAUAUAUAACUACAUAUCUCUACAAAUAUAUAAAUAAAAAUGCACUUAAUUUUUUUCUCUAAUUACUUGCCUGUUGAUUGUAUGUAUUUGUACUUGUUGUAAUUGUAUUGUAUUAUAAUCUAGUUGUUAACUGCCAUUCGACUUUGUUUUCUUUCAAAGAAUAAAAAAUUACAAAACAAAGGAUUCGUUUAGUAUGGAGAAUGUCACUUAAUUACUACCUUUGAAUAACCAAAUAAUGAAGAAAAUAAUUCAAAUACUUUCAGUUACAUAAUUAUCUCAACUAAGCAAAUAACAAAAAUAUUGUCACGUUUUAAUAUUCAAACUUUAUAAGUGUGUAGCUGAAUAUAUAAAACAACAAUAAAUGACGAUAGCAUGAAGUUGUCCAUUUCGCGACUACACAACGGCGAAAAACCGAAGCAAACUGCAAAAAGUAUUACUGCAAAUUGUUUAUUUGCUUAUCAAUAUAGCUGACUAUGUACAUAAAUGCAUAUGUAUGUUUAUGUAUUUUUAAUGGAAACUCCAGCAUAUAACAAAUAUUUAAUGAAAUUAAUAAAUGAUUAUAUAGUUGAAUGUUGUGAAGUCAA